GCGAGCCAGCCGGGCGGUCCCCUGGGGCAGCUGGCGCGCCGGGAGGCGGCGGCGGCGGCGGUUGCGCCGCGACCGGGAGGAGCCGGUCUCCGGGCGGCGGGUCCGCGGCGGGCGGGGACGAUUUGAGAGAGACGUUCUGAUCACUGGAAUUAAAGUUGGUACAGAAACCUUUUCAACUCCAAAAAUGUUGGAGGAAGAUAUGGAAGUGGCCAUCAAGAUGGUGGUUGUGGGGAAUGGAGCAGUCGGAAAAUCAAGUAUGAUUCAGCGAUACUGCAAAGGCAUUUUCACAAAAGACUACAAGAAAACCAUUGGAGUUGAUUUUUUGGAGCGACAAAUCCAAGUCAAUGAUGAAGAUGUCAGACUGAUGUUAUGGGAUACUGCAGGUCAAGAGGAAUUUGAUGCAAUAACAAAGGCCUACUAUCGAGGAGCCCAGGCUUGUGUGCUUGUAUUUUCCACCACAGACAGGGAAUCUUUUGAAGCGAUUUCCAGUUGGAGAGAGAAAGUAGUGGCUGAAGUUGGAGAUAUACCAACUGUGCUUGUGCAAAACAAGAUUGAUCUCUUGGACGAUUCUUGUAUAAAGAAUGAGGAAGCUGAGGCUCUAGCAAAAAAGUUAAAGCUGAGAUUCUACAGGACGUCCGUGAAGGAGGACCUCAAUGUGAACGAAGUUUUUAAAUAUUUGGCUGAAAAAUAUCUUCAAAAACUCAAACAACAAAUAGCUGAGGACCCAGAAUUAAUGCAUUCAAGUAGUAACAAAAUUGGUGUCUUUAAUACAGCUGGUGGAGGUCACUCGGGUCCGAAUUCCAGUACCCUGAAUGGUGGAGAUGUCAUCAAUCUUAGACCCAACAAACAGAGGACCAAGAAAAACAGAAAUCCUUUUAGCAGCUGUAGCAUACCCUAAAACUUUUUUGGGAGGAAGAAGAUUGCAUCGUAUCGUGCAACUCAGGAGGCAAUCCACGCAGCUCUCGUGCUGUUACAAGUGUUUUCGCAGACUUUGCACCUACGGGCCUCUGGGAGCUGACGGACUGAAGCGUGGUGCUGCAGGGCUUGUCAGAGCGGACUGGUCUUGCUGGAAGAAGCACUGCCCUGUGGACUCAUUCUAUUCUUUUUACAUUAGACGAAGCUUCUCCUGUUUUUGAAGGAAUGCCAUAAGAAAUGUCAAAAACAGGUUUUGCUGAAUUUUAAAUGCUGGAAAACAUAAAUGAAAUGCCUAAAUAUAUUGGUACAGAAUUUUAAUAUUAUGGGUCAAGGAAAGAUAGCAAGCAUUCUUUUUCUGAAAUUGGUCAUCUAGCUUUUCUGGAAAAUAGUAUCAAAUCCUAACACUUACAAAAAAAUAAUAUUGACAGGUGAACCCUAAGUCUUGCCAGACUGCAUUAGUGUGUAUGUUGGCAAUGUUACUGUGCAAUAUCUGUCUAACGUGGAGUGUGGAGGUAUGCAUGCCGGUAUCUGGUGCCGAAAUAAACUGAACGUAUGUGCAGUAUUUAAGGAAACAUAGAAUCUAAUUAAUUCAUUUGUAAGACCAUUUACACAUUGUGUGUAUGUUAAAAAGUUUUAUUUUCAAAUAAGAAAUUCCAGACAUAUAUUUUGCAAAACGAGCUCAGAUUUAAAAAGUGCUUUGUGCCAAAAAUAUCAUACCUAAUUUUUACAGUGCUUUACUAUCAGAAUUUAUAUUGUUUAUAAUAUCUUUUAAAAGCAGUUUUCCUCUCUGACAGGGUAGAUAAAAGAGGAUUAUAAAUGUUUUAAUGCUAGAGCAUCUCCCAGGUGAGACUUGCUGCAAAAUCUUUUUCGUCCGUCCGUCCCUAAGCGUGGCGAGCUUGUGCUGGCCGCGUCCCUGAGGAGAUCCACAGCCCGCCUGCGGUCAGUCCCUGGGUCCUGGGAAGUCGCUAGUGCCUCUGGCACCUUCUGCUGCUGACUGAAAAUGUAAUUCUGAACUUUUAGGAUUAUGCUAACAAUCUUUAAAAAUGCACAAGAGAUGAUCUUUUGUCUUAGUCCACAUUAUGGAUUUCAUAAUGCCUGCAACUCUAAAGCAUCUUUUUGUUUACACAUUUUUGUAUGGUAUUUUAAGACUAUCACUUAAAAAUUUCUAUAACCUUCGGUUUGUAUAACACUUUCUCAAGAGCUGUAUCAGCACCAAAUGCAAAAUAAUUUCUUUUGAGAAAUGGUUUUAAUAUGUAAUCAUGCGGCAGAGCAUAAAUUUGUGACUUGGGACAGUAGCUUUCCAACUAAGAUAAUCGCAUGAACUCCGUCAAAACUGAUUAUCAUUCAUCAGUGACUUUGUUUUUAACCCCUUGCAAUAUACUUGGUUUUUACAGGCUUUCAAAAUAUGUAAAAAUAACUUUUCUUGGAAAAUGUGUCAUAAAGUCCUUUUUCAUGAUUUGUACUAAAUGCAUAAUGUUUUCUAUAUUUCUUCACAUGUUCCUCUAUCCCUUUUUUUUAAAGUCUUCCAUCUAUACCACCCCCAUCAGCUAUCCGGAAUAAUGUUGAAAACAUCAUGGAAUUUUCUGGAGCGUGUCUUCAUUAAGUGGUCAAGAGUGAAUGUUUGCUCUUCAUAAUAUUGGAAUAAUCUGGUAUUAUCUGUUUCAAAGUAAUAUAAAAUGUUGAUUUUUAUGUCCCCAGUUGUCACCACUCCCAUUGCUGGCAGUGGGAUAGGUGUUGGGGGAAGAACUCAGUUGCUAACAGUCGACACCUGCCAGUCAUUCCUCUUCCCUCUUCUACUCCACGGAAAUACAGUCUCUAAUUUUUGCACAAAAUAUAUUUUGCAGCAAGUAGUCUUAGGGUUUUUAGGACAGGAAAAUACGUUAUGUAAUAUGGUGUGCUAUUUCAUAUUAAAUGUGUGUGGGUAAAAGUUUGUUAUUCUUCUAUAUAAAAAAUGUAAUCUCUGAUGAUGGUUGCAGUUCUCUUGAUAUUUGUAUUAUAGUUUUACGUACUUAGUUUUGUCCUUUUUUCUUUUUUACAAGAACCGAAGAGAGAUCUUUGUCACAUUUGACUUGUUAAUUUGCAGUUCUGUAUUUUAAACCUAACCAUAAUUAGUCAUUUUAAAUAAUUAGGCCUGAAAAUCAGCCACAAGUCGCAGGUUACUUUCUCAAUUUAAUUCUGAAACCUUCAAAAUUGGCAUUAAUUCUACCCCCCCCCCCCGCCACCCUUAAAUCUUUUAAAUAACUUCACUGCUAAUUUUUAAUGGACUGUAGAUGCAAAAGAGAAACUUGUCUGAGACUCCAGGUUGUGCCCUUGGGCUCCGAUGCACCGUCUCACGUGACGGCUAAUCGCAGCACAGACAUAGCUGUGGGGUAACCGCCGUGUGUCAGGGUUCCUCAGGGUCCCUCUCCCUCUUUCAGUCCGUCUGUGGAAUUAAACAGCAUGCAGAAUAGCCUGUAUAAGGCAGCAUAGUUAAAUAAAGCCGGGCUAAAUGGUUUCCUUGUUAUCUGCCCAAAGUUGACAGCACGUAUGUACUUGAUCAAAAUAAAGUAGAACUAACAUGACAAAAAGAGGCUGAGCCCCUGCCUCGUGGACCGCAGUGGGAUGGUGGUUCCAGACGCUGGCCUGGAAAGAGGUCUCGCUAGAGUGCUCCCUUGUGCCUGGGACUCAGGGCCUGGGACCUGCUCUGAAGAUCACAGAAUGGGGAACUGGCCUCAGGACCUAACGUCCCAACUGGAAGUGAACUACUUUAAGAUAUUGCUGAUUGUUCACGUCCUUUUCGAAACCUUUCAGGUAGUUACUGGUCACUUGCUGCCGUGCUCCCAUGACUGUCUCAUUCAGGUGUCCGUCUGUCUGUCUGAAAACAGAAUGAACUGACCGGGUGAAGAUUUGUCCCACGUGGCACAGUCUCCUAAUGAACAGUGGCUGUGUUCUGUUUAAACUGUUAAAGUAUGUGUGCUAGUGUCGCUCUUUAGGUUUCACCCUCAGACAUGUCAGCCCAUCACACAGGUGAAUUUAUUUGCUAACGGAAAAUAUGCAAAACCACAGUGGACUCGGGCAUCCCCAGUCGCCUCCUCCCAGGUCGCUGGGUGAUUUGGCUGUUGUCACUGGCGUUAGGCAAGGCUCCUUGUCUUCUCUGGAGAUAGCUACAGUGGACGCUGGUAAAUGGUCUUUUAAAAAUAAAAACUUUGGAUUAAAAGGAAAACUGAACCCCGUCUAUAUUUUUGUUACUACUAAAUAAUGCUUUUGUAAAUUUGAAUGAAUGGAAAACCACUUGUAUGUAUUGCUAUUGGGUUGCAGUUAUACCCUCGAGCUUAAUUUAAAAUAUACUGCUUAAUAACAGUUUCACGAAAGAUGAAUUCCAAUAAUAAUAAAAAAAUAAAUGCGUUUCAAAGCUA